GAAUGAAUUACGUCGCAAUUCAGUUAUCCCCUGAAUGGUUUGAUAACACCAAAUCAAUUAAUUGAGUAAUCGACAAAGUACUUUGACGCGUAGUUAAUAACGAUUAUUCAUUCCUCCACGGGUGUAGGGUGCGCAUUGAAAUAAUUAAACGUUAAAAAAAUGGUGGGCAACACCAAGGCGCAGUAUUUAGUCUUAUUCUCGAUUUCAGCCGUGACCAGCAAAUUUCUAGACUACGGGGUACCGUGCAGUCCCAAUGACACGGAGAAUAUCUGCGACCCCGCAAUAUUCCUGACCUGCGUGGAGGACACGUGUCUCUGCAAUGAAACAAUGGCCUGGGAUGUUAAAAAUGUGUCGCAAUGUAGUUUCAAAGUGAUGACGACAUGUCCGCGAUAUCCGGCGCAUAGGGGACCCUUUUGCUAUGGAACGGCAGUAUGCGAUGAAUUGUGGGGUAAUCCGUACGACGGAAUUUGCACGUGUCUCGCACCCGAUGUGCCAUCCCCAAUUGGCGGAUAUUGUCUCCAUCUGGCCCGCGAGGUGGGCGAGUAUUGCACCCAAGAUGGUGUCACGUGCAGUGUAAAGGAGAAAUUAGCUUGCUCCGGCACCCGGUGUGGGUGUCAAGCAGGCUGGCUGGUCAACGGGACCGUGUGCAUGGCGGGAUUUAAUGCCAGGUGCAAAGUUGGGAGCGAGCUGCCAACCGAAACCUGCAGGAGGAACACGUUGCUCACAUGCAAUGAGGAAACGGAAAAGUGUGAAUGCACGCGGGGAAUUGAGCACGUUUGGAAUGAGGAGUCAGCCAUGUGUCUAACCAAGAUUGGGGCAACUUGCGAAUUUGGGGAUGUUGAUCAUCACUCGUGCGUUGAGAACUCGCACUGUCGAACAGUGCAAAAUGAUGGAGCUAAAAUUUGCACUUGUAAUCAGUACUACCAUGCCUCCCCGGAUGGGAUGGAAUGUCUGCUAGACCCCGCAGAAAAAAUCCUCUCCCAUGGGGAACAGUGUGAUCCAGAUAAUUUAGUCGAAAUCUGCAAUUACGCCAAAGAUCAACUGUGCACCUGUCCCUACCAAAGUUUUACCUGCUUUUGUGAAUGCGACGCGGGCCUACUGGUGAACUCUAGGGGUGACUGCGAAGCCGGUUACAAAGCACCUUGCAGCAGUUUGCCAAAUCCGGGUACUAAUCUGACCUGCAAUUCUGAAGCCUUUAUGAAAUGUCGUGAAAAUGAAGGAAACUUUACGUGCGGGUGUGAUUCGCCCCUCACACAAGCGUAUAAUCCAUUGUCGAAGAUGUGUCACUUACUGGUGGGCCAGGAGUGUGACGUCACCCUUAACCCGGACAAAAUAUCGUGUCAUUCAACCUCCAUUUGUCGUACGACAGGGGGCGAAUCGACGUAUUGUUGGUGCCAGCAGAACUAUGAACCCUCCCUGGACCAGGCGAGCUGUAACUAUAAUUAUGAAAACCAAACAUUGUUGUUGCCCGGGCAGGAAUGCGAAGAUUGGAAUUAUGGUGAAUUCUGCCCCCACGUUUGGAAUCUAAUCUGUCUUAAUGGAACUUGCCAAUGUCCGGAAGGUGGGUUUCUCUGGAGCGGUGAGCACCCUUGGGAAGGUUGCUACCCUCAGGAGGGGAGCUUGCGAGCUCCCCUCCUCAGUACGGGAUGCCUUGCAAGUCUAACUCCCCCAUUAGUUUGACAUGCGAUCGCUGGAAUAAGCUCAGGUGCGGGAGGGAGGUGCGUCUGCGGCUAUACCUACAUACGAGAGGACUCCGAGACGGGGUCAAACCGAACCGGGUGUUUCUUAAGGGUUGGUGAGAAAUGUGAUGCGACGGAGGUUGAACCCUUCCCCUGCCUUACUAACACCACCUGUGCGGCGUAUCAACCCGGUGAACCGACCGAGUGCAUGUGCAACCCGGGCUACGAGACGGACCCGGACACGUUUAGGUUAACUUGUAAAGUUGCCGGUGGUGGUGGGGGUCUUAUACACCUGCCAGUGUUUCGAUUAGAAGGUUUCCUAGUAAUUUUACCAACCUUGUUAUCAUUUAGAAUUUUGGAAUAAAGUUAAUAUGUAAACCUAAAUGUUAAAAAGUUACUUUAAUUAUUGCCCAAUUUAUCUCGUGGUAUUAUUAUUAACCUUUUUUCACGUAAAUCCGCGAUAUGAUGUAUUUCAAAACAUGUCCCUAAGAGACCAAAUAUGUCAUAUCGCGUAUUUAAAAAAAUCCUUUGCAUACCAAAUUCGUCAUAUGACGUACCAUGACGACUGUCCCUUGAGGA